UCGAAGCAGCAAACCGAAGCAAAUCCUCUAAGUUCAACGCACAAGAUUCUCAUGUCAAAUCUGAAGAGCAUAAUCCUUAUGAGGAGGGUCUUCUCAGAAAAAACAAAAUAAAGGAACAGAUGAAGAAAUCCAAACUUAAAGAAGAGAAGAAUUGUAUAGAGCAUACCCCUCAGGAAAUUGAGAGGCCUAAAAAGCUACGCAAAAUCCAGCAGAAAACACAAAAUUUUGGGAACUUCAGGGUUCCGCCUCAGGUUCUGCUUGAUGCUGCCAGUGCUAAAAUUGACAGAAGAAGAAACUGUCCUAUUUGGUUUUCUUUAGUUGCCUCUAACGAACUAGAUGGAGAUGCAUUGCCCUUGCCUCAGAUUUCGGCAAGUUACUUGAGAAUAAAGUAAGUUCUUACUGUGUUUUGCUGUUCUGGCUGUUGAAUGUAAUGUUUCUGCUUUGGCAUAACCAAUAAGAGGCUCAACUUUUAUUCUUAUGACAUCAUAUAUUGAUAGUAUAGUGCCUAGUUAUUAGCUUUGUUUUAAUUGUUCUGAUUAAUUAAUUAUGAUAUUUCUUUCGUUUACAAAUUUGAAGCCAUUUUAAAUCUGUUGACAUGUAUAUCUGGUUAUUGUUAAGU